AUGGAAAUAGCCAAAGCAGCCCGCAAGGCGGCAAAUACUUUAAAGACCCUAUCCAAUGAUAAGCGCACCUCGGCCCUCAAGGCCAUCCACGACCACCUUCGAGACCACAAGGACAUAAUCUUGGAGAGCAACCGUCUGGACUUGCAGCUUGCUGAGCAGGCAGACUUGAGCCCAGCCCUCAUCAAACGCCUGGACCUUAACAAAGGAGACAAAUUCGACGUUAUGCUCCAGGGAGUGCUUGAUGUUGCGGCGCUGGAGGAUCCGGUGGGGCGCCAGUCGAUUUUGCGCGAACUGGAUGACGGAUUGGUUCUCGAACGUGUAGCCUCGCCGGUUGGCGUUUUGCUGGUGAUCUUUGAGGCCCGUCCUGAGGUUAUUGCCAACAUUGGUGCCCUGGCCAUCAAGAGUGGUAACGCUGCUAUUCUCAAAGGCGGCAAGGAGUCCUCCCACACAUUCCAGUCCAUGGCCGAAGUCAUUCGCACUGCUUUGGCAAAAACCUCGGUUCCCACAGACUCGCUGCAGCUGAUCGCAACUCGCGAAAAGGUUGCCGACUUGUUGCACUGUGACAAGUAUAUUGACAUGGUCAUCCCCCGCGGUAGCAACGAGCUUGUUCGCAGCAUAAAGCGCUCCACUACCAUUCCUGUGCUUGGCCAUGCCGACGGCAUCUGCAGCAUCUAUGCCAAUAAGGAUGCAACUGCCGAAAUGGCGGCUGAGAUCAUUGUUGAUUCAAAGACCAACUACCCUGCAGGUUGCAAUGCAGUGGAGACAGUUCUCAUUCACCAGGAUACUCAAUUCGAUGUCCUCCGCUCUAUUCUCGUGGCUCUUCUGGACGCUGGCGUUACCGUGAAGCUCGAGCACAACCUCUACACCAGAGCCCGGGAGGCUCUGCCAGAUGAGCCGAAGAUCGUCGAGGCUGCAGAAGAAGACUUUGACACAGAGUUCUUAGCUUUGACUGUAGCCGUCAAGUACGUGGAGUCAUUACAGGAAGCUAUCGAUCAUAUCAACGAGCACGGAUCUCAUCACACCGACUGUAUUAUUACCGAGAAUGCCUUAGACGCCGCUGCCUUCCAAAAGGGCGUCGACUCUGCCGGUGUAUUCUGGAACGCUUCCACUCGUUUCGCUGAUGGCUAUCGGUAUGGUUUCGGUACCGAGGUCGGUAUUUCAACAAACAAGCUACAUGCCCGGGGUCCUGUCGGGCUCGAGGGCCUCAUGUCCUAUCAGUACUUGCUGAAAGGAAAGGGCCACAUCGCAGGUAAUUAUGUUGGUGCAGGUGGUAAUCGCCAUUUCACCCAUAAGGACCUCUAA